AUGUCUGCGACAUCCCCGAGAAAUAUAUAUGCACCGCUCAAAGUUGAGUUCGACAGCGAGGUUGAAAUCACAAUUCACAGCGCCUUCUUACAAACGGCACGUUUGCUUCAAUGUGACCCGAUGGCGCACGUAAGCGUCUCUACGCUUCAUGUGGCAACGGACACACGUCGACCGUGCGGGGGUGUUACUCAAGUUGGAGAGAGUACUAGAAUAGUUAAAAACGAGCGUCCCGUUGGUUCAACGAGGCGGCUGCACUUCACCUCAAAGCCAAACUUCAGUGAAAUCAUACGGUUUGUGAUACCUUUCACACAGUGCCGUCGGUCGACUAUGAGACCAGAAUCGCGGCUGCUGCUUCGUAAAACCGCUGCGGCAGUAUCUACGGAUGACAAUCCUGAUGAGCGGUUUGUUGAUCAUCAAGUAUUGAUAACAAUUACCGACGCACAAGAACAGGGAUACGGUCAGGCCGUGUGUCCGUUUCUUUUGCACGUCCCUAGCAGCUCCACGGAGCCACAACGCAUCAUGCUACAGCCACGCAACAAACACGACAAGCACGACCCCGUAUUCAAAUCUGAUGUGGCUCUGCUUGCUAAGCACGGCGUUGACGAUUUUGGUUUCGUGGAUAUAUCGUGGCGAGUCAGUCUGAUCCCGCACGGUGGUGCCCUUAUCACUGCGUUGCAACCAUCGGUAAGCGUACCUACAUUUCCCAUAGGACUCGUGCUGCGGGCAACGUGGCUCGUAGCUGGUAACGUCCACCAACCUCGCACACAGUACACGACGUCUGUGGAGUUUGGCGGGCAAGACCGUUUUUUGUUUGAAGGGACAAAACCGCUUUUUCUUACAAUUCAAAGCGCUGCGCAGCUUGAGCGAGCCAUCGUUCAUUGCACUUUCCACGACACAACGACUCGUCCCCAGUCGUAUGAUGUGGCUGUACCACUGCCUGUUCCCCCGAUGGCCUCUUUUGCCAUGGAGCGCGAUGUAUGGUGGACAACUCCCGUGCGAACCGCAUGUGGUGUUGACUUAGGCAUUCUUCUGGCAUCUAUACGUCUUGCACAACGACCUCUUGAUGGCAGUACACCAUUCUGUACCGUUGAGGGUUGUAGGGAAAUUAACAACCCCAUUCACCAGUCGCAGUUUGCACAUGUGGCAAAGGAGUGGGGACGCGCACCACCCAAUACACCGCCUGGUGCCUACUACCCAUUGUUUUGGGAAUCUGAGCAGCAUAUUGCUCGCGUGGCGGAGCGGCAGUGGCGCCAUGAUUGCAUUGUUGGGGCACGUCCCUCUAUAGAGCAUGUGCGGCACCUCCUGGAGGUCCUUGCGGGUCGCAUUGCCGUCGAUGGCGGCGUGAAUGGGGUUGCGGCAGUAUACUUCAACCAUGCACCGACUACAACACUACAGCAACACCAGGUAAAGCAGUUUCUUGUAACGUGUGCUUUCCACGCAAAGGAGAUGACAGUGCAAGAUGCAGCCCGGUUUUGCUUCUUUGCCCUUCGUCGCGACAUGGAGCAGGCCAUAACGAAGGAAGACGUCGUCUUCAUUCUAGAUCACGCACUUAUCGGGAAAACAAUUGAUAUGCCUGAGAAAGAAGUAUCCCGUCGCGUUGACGACAUCUUUGGCGAUGGUGUGUACAUCACCUUUGACGACUUCAUGCGUUAUUUCAUUAACAACUAUGCCAUGUGGUACCAGUUUGGUGUACCCAUUACGACAGGUGAUGAACAGGCGGCACAGGGCAGCAUGGAUGUGGCCGUGGAACUCGGACCAAAUGCUCAAGGGACGGCGAAGGAGGAAUCUGGUGAGGAAGCUCGUGGUGGUGCCGCAGUGCCUGUCGCGCCUCGUGGAGAGGAGGCCGGGUCAUCGAACUCUAAUCCUCAAGAUGUUGGCGUUUGGCGCAGAUUUAUAGCACGUGUUCAGCAUAGUAACAGGGCAUUUAGCGUAACAGCGCACGUGAACGACUCCAUUGCAGAGGUGAUGGUGAUGGUGCAGAAUAGUACUGGAAUCCGCGCGUCCUGUCAGGAGUGGAGGAUGAAUGGUGUUUUGUUGGAUCCAAAGGCUACGGUAGGAAGCACAAAGUUGGGGCUUAGCUCGCGGAAUGAUGCGUCACCGGAGGUCGUCAUUAUUGAACGUGAUGAAUCCUUGCGUCUUGUUAUGUUGUACAAGGAGAAGUCAGUCCGUUGGGAGCUACGCAUUCAAGAAACAGAAAAGGUGCUGCGACUCAGAGCACUGGUUCAGCAAAAAACAUUGAUACCCCUCUCACGUUGUGUUAUGCGGGCGAAUGGCCAACGCCUUCAGGACAGGCACCCACUUCAACACUAUCAACUUCAAAAUGGCGAUGUCGUCGAGGUAAUGCAAGAGUAA